UCCCUGGAGAAACACACACACACACACAUCAAAAACAGCCCCUGCUCUUCAUAAACACACUCAGUUCCUCAUGUGUAGCAGUGGAAACUUCUGACAGCUCUCUGUAAACUCUAUACAUUCUGUCUCUCUCUCUCACACACACACACACACACACACACACACACACACUGAUGUCAUUCUGAAGGCAGCGGCAGAAUGAAUCGCCUUCAGCGUUGCGCGCGCGCGCACACACACCUGACGCGCGCUCACGCUCUCCAGACGCGAACUUCUGUGCGGAGCAGACGAGAUCUUUUCACGGGAUAUUUUCACGAAAAACUGAAGAGAGACUGAAGAUCUGAUGUGUUUAACCGCUGCUCUCAUAAUGGAUGUGAUGCUGAUUUUCUGUCUCAUCGGUAUUUGUGCAGCUGCAGGUUCAGACACACUCAGGUCAUCCAGGCCGCUGGUUCUGUCCGAUGGAUUGUGUCAGUACGGCCGGACGCAGGACUGCUGCUUGGGUUGGAUGAGAAACUUACAGGGACGCUGCAGACCCGUGUGUGAGUCGGGCUGUAAACAUGGCGAGUGUGUUGGACCGGAUCAGUGCCGCUGUCAUCCAGGAUUCACUGGCAAGACCUGCAACCAAGAUGUGAACGAGUGUGCGUUCAGGCCGUGUAAGUACAGGUGUAUGAACACACUGGGCAGUUAUAAAUGUUACUGUCUCAACGGCUUCAUGAUGACGGCCGACGGCUCGUGCAGGAACGCCCGUACGUGUGCGAUGGCCAACUGUCAGUACGGCUGUGCGGUGAUGAAAGGAGAGGUCAAAUGUCAGUGUCCGUCUCCAGGACUGCGUCUCUCUCCCGACGGCAGGACGUGUGUCGAUGUUGACGAGUGUGUGACGGGUCAAGCCAAGUGUGCGAGGUUUCGUAAGUGUGUGAACACGUUCGGCAGCUUCGUCUGCAGAUGCCAUGAAGGAUUUGAGUUGAAGCACAUUGACGGAAAAUAUCACUGCACAGAUAAGAAGUUUCCUUCUGUUUGCUAUGACAAGCCAGGACACAAGAAAUGCAGAUGUACACCAAGUGUUAAUGGGAAGGGUUACGACUGCAAAUCUGUUGUUAAAGUCACUAUUGAACCUGCAAGACCAGUGAAAGUUACAGCCAGACCGACCACCAUCUCCACGGCAACAACUCCCAUGACGACCACCGAAGAAAUAACCACAACAACAACAACAACAACAACAACCAUAGCCAUUCCCACCACUACCGUCACCACAGCAACAUCAGUUCCAACAAGCUGUGCUGUUACAAAAGUAACACCAACUGUUACCUUUACUGUUGCUAUGACAACGACGGAAUCUACAACUACAACAGCCCUCACAACAACAGCUACGACCUCCACAACUACAGAGACGCUUCCAACCACAAGCCCCAUUACAACAACAACAGCAGCGACUGUAGCGAACACGACCCCGGAGACGAUCUCCACGACGACUCUAGACAACCGCGUCCACAGAGAGAGCACGGCAAAGCCCAGAGGAGACGUACACAUUCCACGUUAUGAGAACAACCUUUUUGACUGGGACUUUGACGUUGAGCUGGGAAACACAGCGGAGCAUGUGCGAGAUGAUCCAGCGGCUGGUGUUGUGAGCUGCUCAUUUGAUGAGGGUUUGUGUGUUUGGAUGACGGACUCAGAAGGAGAUCUAAAAUGGGAAAUCAAAGAUGAUCCCGCUGGUGGGCGGUACCUCUCAGUACCAGAGGCUACGAAUAAGCGAAGCGUCAGAGGGGCGCGGCUUACUGUGGCACUGGCCACACCCACAAAGGCGUGGCAGGGCGGCGAUCUCUGUCUGGCAUUUAGACACCGUCUCCAUGGACACCACAUCGGCUCUCUGCAAGUGUUUGUCAGGAAGGGGCGGAGUCACAGCCCGUCCAUCUGGACCAGGACUGGAGGACACGGCUGGAGACACACCCAAAUCACACUUGGGGGGCGUGGCCUUAUUGAUAUUGUGCUGAAGGCAGAGAGACGGCGAGGGAAACAUGGAGAAAUCGAAGUGGAUGAUUUGAGUCUGCGACGAGGAGCCUGCAGUGAUAGAGACAACAGGACAGAGUGACACACACACACACACACACACACACUAGAUUGUAUUUGUUUUCAAGUUAAUGAUGUUUAUAUAUAUAUAUAUAUGGGCCAAAUCUACAGAUUUAAAAUAUCAGUAAGCUUAAUAUAUAUAAAAUCAUCAUUUAUUGGGUACUUUCAAUUGGGAGGUGUCUGUCUAGAACCCUAACCCAAAAAAAAAUUCAACUUGUGGAAAUGAUAUUGAAAAAAUGUUUGCAAUUUUUUCCAUUGUUGUUUUUAAAAAUAUAUUUUUGAUUUUUUUCUUUUAAAGUGAAGUUAAAAAAAUAUAUUUAUUUG